AUGACAAUACCAUCCGUAGCUCCUCUGCGCUCUGCCUUGACCAACAACAACCACAACAACAAGGACACUGGCAAACCAAAAAAGAACAAACGCCGGGUGUACUUUGUGGAAGAACGCAACACGCUCCUGGUCUACCAAGGCAUUGACACGAGCGACCGUGCCUACUUGGAAGAACUCUUUCAUCAAGUAUGGGAAAUGAACGAUUGCAAGGCGGCCAUCAAGAGUCGUGCGCGAAAAUGGCGGACGACGGGAUUGGGAAUGCUCUUGCACGAUACCUUUUGUUUGGCCAAUAACAAUGGACUGCCAGCACCGCUUUGUCAAAAACAACUCGAGACGUUUGCUCGAUUGCCCGAUGCCCUGUACAAUCGAGGCAUUGAACGCUACCUAAGUCGCAAACACGAUACCGAACGGACCACCAAGAAACGAUACAUCAUUCAAGACAUUGUCGCGCAGUAUCGACUCCUCUGUCAACAACACGACACCGUAUCAGUGGACGAACGAUGGGAGUUGGUCGGCCAGGCCGCCCAGCGCAUGACCCACGAUGCGACUCUGUUUGCCCGACGCAUGGGCCAUGCCGAUGAAGUCGUCAUGCGACGCGGUUGCGAUACACCCGAUGCCAUAGAAGCCCAACGAUUGAUGCAGUACUUGCAGGCGCGGGGUAUGGAACUCAUCAAGCGACAGCAACAGCAAGCUCCACAAAUGAUGCCUGCCAGCAACAACCACAAAAUGGCACCACCACCGGCUGCUAGCACGGCUGCUCCGCCAACAACAACACCUCAUAAAAAGAAAUUUCUGGGACGUGGUCUGCGAAUGCAAGCAAGGCAAGCUUGA